AUGGAUGCCUUCCAGGAGGUGUUUCAGAAGGUGGAGAAGAUCGGGGAGGGCACCUACGGCGUGGUGUACAAGGCUCGCAACAAGCGCACGGGGCAGCUGGUGGCCCUCAAGAAGAUCCGCUUGGACUCGGAGACAGAGGGAGUCCCCAGCACCGCAAUCCGAGAAAUCUCACUGCUGAAGGAACUGAAGCACCCCAACAUAGUCAGCCUUCUGGACGUCAUACACAGCCAGAAGAAGCUCUAUCUGGUGUUUGAGUAUCUGAAUCAGGACCUGAAGAAAUACAUGGACUCAUCCCGAACUGGAGAGCUUCCUUUAAGCUUGGUCAAGAACUACCUUUUCCAGCUGCUGCAGGGGGUGAGCUUCUGCCACUCGCACAGAGUCAUUCACAGGGACUUGAAGCCACAGAACUUGCUCAUUAAUGAAGCAGGAGCAAUCAAGCUGGCUGAUUUUGGACUGGCAAGAGCUUUUGGAGUUCCCCUGCGCGUGUACACUCAUGAGGUGGUGACUCUGUGGUACCGAGCCCCUGAAAUACUGCUGGGAUGCAAAUACUACUCGACUGCUGUGGAUAUCUGGAGCAUCGGCUGCAUUUUUGCAGAAAUGGUGACCAGGAAGGCUCUGUUUCCAGGGGACUCUGAGAUCGAUCAGCUUUUCCGGAUCUUUCGCACCCUGGGCACUCCCACCGAGGUGACCUGGCCUGGAGUGACCCAGCUGCCUGAUUACAAGGGGGACUUUCCCCGAUGGGCAAGGAAGGAGAUGAAGGAAAUUGUUCCCAACUUAGAUCGAGAUGGUAGAGACUUACUGGUGCAAUUGCUCCUGUAUGAUCCCAGCAGGCGCAUCUCGGCCAAGGUAGCCCUCAAUCACCAGUACUUCUUCUGGAGAAGCCCUCGGAGCCCUGAAGAGCGACGUGUGCUGCAGAGACACUGCAGAUGAGAAGACACAGCUCUCCCCAUGCACUUGUGCCUCUGGGUAGCAGUGGAGAUCUGAUUUUGGGCACUUAGCAGGAGAGCAGGAGGCUGGCUGGGACCCAGGGUCUCACUUCUCCUGAGGAACCUGGAGGAGACGUUCUUGCAUUUAGAGACUCUCAGCCUGUUGCUGGGGGAAAGUUUGGGUUAUGGCUAGUAGAGCUGUUUUGAAAAGGUCAUGUGUGGAAGAGUGGGGAGUAUGUAUCAGCAUAAAACACUGAAAUGUGGAUGAGAGAGCAUCUUUCAGAGGUUUGUCUCUGCAUUAGUCAGCAAGCUAAGGUGACACAUGCUUAUUUCUGUCUGUCUAGCACUGGAGCAUCC